AUGGGGCGUGGCUACGUUUGGCGCUGUGGGGGCGUGGCUUCAAAUCAGCAAGGCGGGGCCUCAUCUGAGUGGGUGGGACCCAGGGGCGGUUCCACCGCAACGAGUGCGGGUCUGGCGGAGCGCAGUGGCGCGCGGAGACCGAGAGGCGACCGGGGUCGGCUGGGCCCCCGGCGGCGCGCCCCUCGGCCGGGCCGGGAGUCGCGUCAGUCGGUGCCCCCGGCCGAGCGCGGUCCGCCUCCCUAUCAGCGGCCAUCAGUCCGGAGUACGGCCAGCGGGCAUGUCAGAUCCACCGGGGGCGCCGCCGCCGGCGCUCGCAGGCCGCGGGUGAAGAAGAAACUGCGGCUUCACUCGGCCUCGAGCGAAGAAGUGGCCCGGAGCGAAGAGGUGACCGAGAGCGAAGAGGUGGCCUUAAGCGAAGAGGUGGCCCAAAGUGAGGAAAUGGCGGCAGCUGGAAUCAGCGUGACCGUCACCCACAGCAAUGAGAAGCAUGACCUACAUGUCACCCCGCAGCAAGGCUGUAGUGAACCAACUGUCCAAGACCUGGCCCAGGUUGUUGAAGAGGCCACAGGGGUCCCACUACCUUUUCAGAAACUCAUAUUUAAGGGAAAAUCUUUGAAGGAAAUGGAGAAGCCAUUGUCUGCUCUUGGAAUACAAAAUGGUUGCCGUGUCAUGUUAAUUGGGAAAAAGAACAGCCCAGAGGAAGAAGUUGAACUGAAGAAGUUGAAAGAUUUGGAGAAGUCUGUGGAAAAGAUAGCUAACCAACUGGAAGAGUUGAAUAAAGAACUUAGUGGAAUCCAGCAGGGCUUUCUGGCCACGGAUUUGCAAGCUGAAGCUCUCUGCAAACUCGAUAGAAGAGUAAAAGCCACAAUCGAGCAGUUUAUGAAGAUCUUGGAGGAGAUUGACACACUAAUUCUGCCAGAAAAUUUCAAAGACAGUAGACUGAAAAGGAAGGGUUUGGUGAAAAGGGUUCAGGCGUUCCUAGCCGAGUGCGACACAGUGGAGCAGAACAUCUGCCAGGAGACGGAGCGGCUGCAGUCCACAAACUUGGCCCUGGCCAAAUGAGGUGAGGUGGAGAGGCUGUGCCACCCUGAAGAACUGUUCUACCAGCUCUGCCCCAUCUGGAACAGAAGUUACCUGAUUUCUCCAGGGUUUCUGGGGACAACUGGCCAAUUGCCAGUUUUCCUUCUCCUAUACCUGUUCUCAAAGAACAAGUAUUGUCUUUACAAUAUUAAGUAGAGCUCUUGUCUGUUUUCCCCUUCUGUCUCUGUGUGGAUGUGCUGGCCAGCAGCCCACCUUGGGGAGGGCGCCAGUCUUUCCAAGCCUUUUGGUCUUGGGUGCUAUCAUUUGUCCUUGGAUAGUUUGGGCUUUUAUAGUCCACCUUUGUCUUCAGAUACAUGAGGCCUUUUUGCCCUUGUGAUCCCAUAGUGCCAUAGAUGUAAAUCAGAAGCACUGGGGCGGCGGGGGAGCGGGGGUUGAGUCUAGUCAGGAAUGCUGGGAAUGGCUUGAAACAGGUGCUGGGCACUAAAUAGUCCAAGUAUCUCGUUGUGACCUAAUUCUGGAACAGCUGGCUUGGUCGUUGGUUCACAGACCCUGUGCUCACCUCCCAGUGACCCUGCAAAGCCACAGCCAAGAGGUCUCAGGUGGCUCUUCCUGGGGCAGGGCCUGUAGUUAAUGUCCCCAAGCAAACCUGUAGAAGGUUAAAACCCAGUAUUACUGAGCCUUUGCCUGAAACCAGGUGAGAAUCGUGGCUCAGGAAGGGCAGAGAGGGGAGCAGAAUGAGUAAGAAGCAGGCAGAUGGUGAGGACAACUGUAAACUUCUCAGGAGCUCCUUCAGAGGCACUUCUGCCAACUGUACUGUCCUGAGGUCUGUAUUUCCUUCAAGGCUUUCCUGUUCGUUUUGUGGCCUUCCCCAUCCCCCCGCCCAUUUUAUUUUUAAGCAGUUUGUAUACACAUCAGCAAGCAGAAGAGUGUUUAAACUUUUUUUUAAUGAGGUAUGAGAAGCAAAAGCCUCUGUGGUUCCAGCUGUAAUUUUAUAAAAUCGAAAGUGGCCCUGCAUGCUAGAACUCGUAAACGGGGCAGCUGCAGCCACCCCAUUUUUUCGCACAGUGCCCCAGUGACAGGGUCUUGAUGGACAACUCUGAGGCUAACCUUAUUUGGCAGAGAGGGCAUCAUUGAAGUCCCAGGAAUUAGGACUGUGUGGGUCGGACUAGGAUAAGGUGGUGGUGGUGCGGACAAGUGGAUGAGGCUCAGGGCCCGGCCCAGUGCACGGCCAGCUGUAAUCAGAGCAAUUCAGUACUUACCUACUUUUAUGUAGUAGCUGUGUCGCCUUGGGUCACAAUAUUAAUGAAAAGUUACCGUGUGCCGGAUACUAUUUUAAGUACUUUAGAUGUAUUAGUUGUUUAAUCCUCAAACAACCUAGGAGGUAGCCAGAUACUAACCCAUGUUAGAGAAGAGGAAACUGAGAGGGCUGAGGUAAUUUGCUAAAGUCAUGGAGUAAGUGGCAAAGCCAGGACACCAAGCUGGGCAGGUUGGUCCUGAGCCCAUGCUCUUAGUCUCCACUGUACCGCCUCCCCACCGACGCGGUUGCAUGUUCUCUCAUUUUCUCUUCCUCUCCCUCCUUACCUCCCAUGAUGGUCUUUCCACUUCCUCUCUGGUCCUCUCCCAUUCAUUCUCCACAGAGCAUUGUGAAUGAUUAUAAAGUAUAAAUCUUAUGUCAGUCCCCUGCUUAAAAACCUCCAGUGGCUUCCCAUUUCUCUGAGAAUAAAGGCCAAAGUCCUUACUCUCUGCCCUCUCCCAUUUCAUCUCGGGCCACUCUCCUAUUUGCUCUGUGUGGUCAGCACUCAGGUCCUCACAUGCUCUGUACCCUCCCCUUCCCCAGGGGCCUUUGCACACGCUGUUCCUCUCUUGGGACAGCGCCACGCCACCCUUCCACCACUGCCGCCCCUUUCCUAGGUAACUUCUGUUUACCUUUCAAAACUUAACUCAAUGCCUUUUCCAUGGACUGAGAACAAAUCAAGGCUCCUCUCAUAGCUUGCCAUAACUUUUCUUCUACAGCAUGUAUCAUAGUCUGUGAUGAUUUAUUUAUAGGAUUGUUUCAUUUAAUAUUUGCCUUUUAUACUUGACUAAGUUCCUGGGGUUAAGGAGCUUCUUUGUAUUGUUAACAGUGUAUUUCAAACACAUUGUCUGGUUCAUAGUAGAUGCUUAAUAAAUAUUUGGAGAAUGAAUGAAUGAUCGUUGAACACACAUACCAACAGUGAAAUUCUCACAGCUGCACUCAGCCACCGAAGCUCUGUCAGCACAGGAAUUUACAGCAUCAGCAGCCAUUGUUUUAUUUAAGGAUUGAGAAAAUAGGCCCUAAGGCAUGGGCUCCCUGGCAGAUGUGCAGAGUGGUGACUGGGGCUUGGCCACACAGCUCACCCAUCCACAAGGUAUCUUAGCCUGUGAACAGGGAAAGAACAUCCCUUCUCAGGUGCCCACUUUCCUGGGACAUGAUAAGCCCUACCGCAGGGGAGUACAUGGAGCUCUGUGAUCCCCCAAAAUUUUCUUCAGCCUCACAGAACUGGAAGAUUUCUUCCACACAUAGACUGUUCAGUCCUAGAUUUCCAGUUAUCUUCAAGGCAUAACUUAAAGAUUACCUCCUCUGAGAAACCCUUCUUCAUCUAGUAGUUAGGCCUCUUUUAGUUGAAAGAACCAGAAACUUAAUUUCAAGGACAUUGUUGAAAUGGAAGAUUUAUUGUCAGGAUGUCAUGUUAUCCCAUGUAACUUUGGGAAGUUCAAGAACAACUGGGCUUCAGCAACUCAAACACUGCCUGGAAUCUCUCUCUGUCUUGGUAUGUCAGAAUCAUUCUCCAUCCUGCUUCUCCUGCAAAGUAGGAAACAUAGCUGCCAGCAGUCCCUACUUUGCACAGCUUUCAGCUUCACUGCCAGAGAGGAACUGUUUUCUUGUUUACAAUUUGAAAAAUCCUGAAGAAUUUUUUGGCCAAAUCAGCCAGGGCCGGAGCAGCAAAGUUACAUGCUGUAGAUAGGGCCUGUAGGGGUCCACACCUAUAUUUCAGGGUGGUUUCCAGAGGCAAGGCCACAGUUUCCACAUCUGUAAAGCAGGAAAUUAGGCAUUUUUUCCACUGUGGGAUGUUGCUCAAGCAGAAUCUAUGAUUCCUCAUUUGUGAGUGGAGGCCUGGGAGAGAGUGGUCACUGAGAGGCUUGGCCAAGCUAUGCCGCUUGAGUUUAGGACAGGCAUUCCACUUAGAGCGGAGACUUUUAGAUGUCACAAAUAUCCACUCUCUUUCUACAAUAAGUGAACCCCUAAUUUUCAGCUUAGCAUGUGACCAACCAGCUGAAAACUGUAUUUCCCAGUUUAUUGAUUUUAGAGAGAAAGAGAAAUAUCAAUGUAAGAGAGAAACAUGGAUUGGUUGCCUCCCACAUGUGCCAUACUGGGGAUCCAACCUGCAGCCUUUGGUGAAUGAGAUGAUGUUCCAACCAACUGAGCCAUCCCACCAGGACUAAUAUGUACAUCUUAUGGGAAGCAUUUUCAAAGGCAGUAGCUUGCCCUUUCUUUCUGAGUGCUGGAGUGUAGACAUGGUGGCUGGAUUUGGAGCAGCUGUCUUGGGCCUUGGGUAGAAACUGAUGAGGAAGGCAGAGUAACAAUAUAGAAGGAGCAUGGAGUUGGCUUAUGAGGUCCAUCUACAUGAGAGAAAUGAACUUCUGUUUAAGCCGCAGUUAUUUCAGCUUUUCAGUCGCUCAGAGCCAAAAUUAAUCUUACUUUAUUCAUAUGCAGGUGGAGAGCAGGAGAUUCCAUUCUGAAUAGUAGUGGAGGGGCCUAUAGAUGACCUCCCAGUCCCUAUAAUGGUGGCGAAUCCAUCUACAAUUCCUGCUUAGGUUCCCAUUUCUGUGGUUCAGGGAAUGUUGGUUCCUGCCUUCCCUGACCCCACUUUUCCUUUCAAACCUUGGCAUGUGUUUUCCCACAGAGAAUUUUCUGCCUUAUCUGCCCACCCUAGAGCAGGAAUCAGAGUCCAGGUGAACGUGCCCCCACCUGGCCAGGCCUCCCCACGCUCUUUCCCCCACCACCAUUAUCAAGAGGCUCCUAUAGGCUUUGGCCUAAAGUGAGUACUUGACAUGUACCAUAGGCCGGGGCCUGUGUGGUCAGAUUUCUGAAUGCCGUGUGUUCCUGUGGGCCCUUGUGUGAGUGCAUGUGUGCUGUGUGUGCCUGGGGUUGUGUCUAAUGUCAGCAUAUUUAACAACCAGUCAGAGUGGGUGUUGACCAAAAGAAAGCAGGAUCUGGAGUCAUCCUGCUGUGGGUGGCCAGGGUGCAGGAGGGGGACAGCAAGGGCUUCGGACAGUACCUGUGUCAACUGUUACAGACCUAGUUCAGGGUUUUAACGAGCAGUUGUACCAUGUACAUUACCUGGAUAUCAGCCGUGGUUGUAUGUGUGUGAGAGAGACAGAACUUGGGGUGCUGAGGUAGCCAGAGAGAAAGCCAUGAGGGGUUGUGGGACCCUCUCAAAGGACACUGAAGCUGGGCCAUGUACCCUGGCAGUGGCAGAAGGUACGGAUCUCGCUUACGUUGUUGACCGCAGUCACACAAGAGCACUGGGCAGAGAGUUCUAAGCCAGGGGCUGGCCUGUUAGAGCCCUCAGAAAGGAAAAAACUACCUGGGAUCUCUAGGGGCACAUGUGACAGUUGAGCACUGAAGUGAUGGAGAGGAUGUUAAUUCAGAGUAAGGGGGAUGGGGCCAACCCCACCAUACCACCUCUACAGCCACCUCCCCAGGGCCCCCACAGAUACUGGCCCACUUGGCUGGGUUGGGCUGAUCUUUUAUUUCAUGUCACAUCCAUUCCACUCCCACCACUGUUCACCAGCCUGAAGCUUCCUGGCUUAUGAGGUUCCUGUGGGAUCAGCAUUUGCCGUCCUUCACGAUCUGGAUGUCCUUUUUGGUUUCUCUAGGAUCAUAGGAGACAGGAAUGAGGCCACCUCCUCAGGAACCGUAACAUACCCUUCAAGGACCUCGGUGCAGUCCAUCCAAACACCCUGCUGAGUCCCACCCACCCACUCAGUGUAUGGUGCAAGGCAGGUCUCAGGGGUGCCUGGGAACAUCUUUUUACAGCAUUUCUCUCAUGCAAACCCUCCCCUAGAGACUUCAGCUUACUGGGGUUUCAUCCACCCUUGCCUGCUGAUGGCUGCAGAUCUAUUUUUGGCCCAGACUUCCCCUAAACUGUAGCCAUAUCUCCACUGGGAUGUCCCAGAGGCUUUUCUGUCCACAGACAUCACCACCCCACAAACCCACUGCACCCCACCCGCCCCGGUUCCUCAUCUUGGCACGUGGAACUGCCCAAGCCCACAAGUUAGAAACCAGCAUUUUCUAAGUUAGGACUGUCCCCCUGCUCUCCCGCACAUCUGUCCAGAGCAUUGUAGCUUCCAAAGGCUUUCUUCUCUUACAUGACUUCAGUUGGCUCUGGCCGACUCAAGGGUCUUUUUUACUGAAGACAUGAGACCAAAUGGGUGAUCAGACAUACCAAGGUCAUGUUUUGGCCCUGCCUACCUCUCUUAGACUCAUUUCUUGCUUCUCCCCUGUUCUCGUUUACACUUUACACUCCAGCAUAUCCAACUUGUAUUUCCUCAAAUACAAACUUUCUCUUGUAGAACUUUUCAAACUCAUUUCUCCACUUGGAAUUCCCUUCCCUUGUUUCUUCAUUUUCCUAGCUGAUUUCUACUUAUCCAUCAGGGCUGGGAAGUCUUCCCUGCCCUUGUCAUGUACCCACAAAACCCUGUGCACGCCCCUCUGAGAUGUUGGAGUUCUAUGCUGCAAUUGGCUAACCAUCAGCUUGGCUCCCCUCUUAGACUGACCACAUGCCACAGGAGGCCAGUCAUGCUGUCUAGCUUACUAUGUAUCCCCAGUGCUUAGCACAUAGUAGGUGCUCAAUAAAUAAUUGUUGGCUGAUGAAUAAAUGAACAAAUGAGGUCACCUAGUCAGUUGGGCCAGAACAAGGAAAAGAACCCAGGGUUUCUGCCCUCACUCCCAACCCCCCACAAACUAUGGCUUUCUGCUUGAAACCAUGCGCAUGAAUUACACUUGUGCUCAUUCUCUCAGCGAUGUUGGAGGAUUUUACCCAGGUCAAGUGUAUGUGAAGGAAGAGGCAGGUCAAGUCUUGUUCUUUGCAGACCUAUAUGUACAAGAGAUGAGGCUCAUGCAAGCAAACACACAGGAAGUGAGGUGUAGACUUACAUCCGGGCUAAGCAAAGCUGGCAUUCAUUGUCAUAUGUGACCCCAUCAGUGCCGCAGACCAGGUUGAAUGUCUGGGAACAUUUUGGAGACUCCCUCAUAUGAUCACAGACGGGCUGUGAAAGAGAAGACGGGAGGGGGUGCAUAGGGAUUCAGAGGCAGUGAGCAGGAACCCAGGGGCUCUGUUUGGAGCCAGAGGGGCCAGUAGGUGGAGCCAGAUUCAAGAAGGCCCCAGAGUGGGUCCGGUGAGCGGGAAACCAACCACUCGGGAUCCCUUGGCAUCUUUGCUUGCAUGUGUGUGCUUAAUUGUGUGUGGCUGUGGCUAUGUGUACAUUAGUGUGUACCUGUGUCUGCUGAGCCCAAAUAUGCAGACAUCCAAGUGCGUGCCUGUGUUUAGUGUGUGGAGUGAGUACAUGCUCCCAAGCUCCUAGGGAUGUGUUCGUUACUCCUCAGAGGAUCUAACUGGAACCUCUGCUGCUGGCCCCAUUGAGGACCCCAGGAGAGAGAACCACCGGUCACUCCCAGGAGGCCCCUCCUCCCCUGGGGCUCCUGAACUCACCUCGGCCUGCAUGCCAUAUCUGGUCCCUUAUGUGGGAAGGCUGGAGAAAAAGACAGGGCUUAGGACUUAACUGAGGCUCAGUCUGAAAGAGUUCCAGGCUAGGCCUGAGGUCGGCUCAGAGCUGGUCCAGAUGGGAUCGAGGCCUGGGAUCGGGAUAGGGCUGGGGAAGCACUGCGGUGCAGCAGGGAGAGCCCCGGGCCCUGGAGACCUGAGUUAUGCACGAUUAGCUGUGUGAAAUUGGAUGAGCUUUGUCUACUCUCUGAGCUUCAGUUUCCUCAUCUGCUAAUACUCUAAAUAAUACUAUUGUCUUCUCACAUAGGGUUAAUUAAAAUAAUGUUUGUAGAGUAUUUGGCUCCUUAUCUGGCACAGAGCAAGUGGGGCUAGAUUCUGAUGGGCUGACAGUGAAGAUGCCGAAGCUGCUGGAUGGGAAGGUGACUUUGAGCCUCUCAUUAUCUAUGUGAAGGGAGGGUUGAGGGUCUCAAGGAGGCCAGCCCCACUGCCUCAGGAUCACUGGGACAUCAGGCUCAUGGCCAAGGUGGAGUCAGAGUUCAAGGACACCUUGGUGUCUACGCAUCAG